UAUUUUUGAGAUUUCCACUGCAAGCUUCCCGCUUACCAGUUCAAUUUUCCCCUCUUUCACUGCUCUUUCUCUCUCUUCCUACUUUUCACACACAAUUACAGAGAGAGAAGUGAAAGAGAAAUGUUUGGCAGAAUAAGAGCGUCGCCAUCGCCGGUGGAAUGGUUGGAAUUAGAGCGCCUACCUUCCAAGCUUUUCAAAGACGAUUCUCUCUCCAUCUAUGAAGCUACUCUUGUGAAGCUUAAGCAAGGUUCCCAACUUAAUUUAACCCCAACAUCCCCAGAUUCCAUGGAUUCUGAAUCGAACUCCGGUACAUCUGUGGAAUCACAAAAGGUUUCUGGACUGCCUGCCUGUAGUAGUGAGAAUUCUUGUAUGGGUGUUAAUUCGAGUUCGAGUCAGGAACAAAAGAAAGGCAGAGAAAUCUCUAUACACUAUCUGUUUUCCAAGUAUGCGAGUUCUCACCGAGAACAAGGAUCGAUUAGCAGUUGCAAUCGCGGGUCUUUAGUGAAUAUCUUGGCUUGUUCGAGUUCGAGUGAUUCUGAAUCAACAGGUUGCUCAAGCCUUCAGCUCUGAACAACCAACUGUCACUGUGCAGCUCAGGAUUUCUGUGAGAAUUGUAAGACUUGAUAAGGUUUGGGAAGUCAGGACUCAGGAGAUAUUGCUUUGCUGAAUCAUAUAUUAGGCAUGAUUGUAAAAUGGUUGUAAUAAUAGGGGCCCUUCAAUCUUCUUGUAAUGUUAAUUAUGUGUAAUCUUAUGAAUAUUUGAUACUAGCUUUUAACCCGUGCAAAAUGCACGGGAGGUUUUAUAUAGAUAUGAUUUGUUCCCGUACAUAA